AUGCCUAAAAACAAUAUCACACCCGCAUUAACCUUACAAAAAUAUUUAAAUGAUUUUAUUCCUGAUAAAAAUCAACGAGCAAAAAUGACUACAUUAGUAAUAAAAGAUAAACAAUUAUUACAAAGUGAUACUGAUUUAUCUGAUUUUGUUAAUUUAGUAAACAUUACUAUAACAGGAAAUCAAUUAACUGAUAUUCAUUUCUUAAACUCUAUCAAAAAUAAAGAAAAAAUAUCUUCUUUAUUUUUUAGUGAAAACAAAAUAGAAGAUCCUGAUUUUGAAUUUCUUGGGAAUAAUUUUCCUAAUUUGACUUGGGUAUUAGGAACACUGUCGGAAAGAACAGUUUAUCAAGAUAUGGAUUAUUUGCCUGACCUUUUAGAUAGUUCCAUACAAGACAUUCAUAAUAGAACAGUAGGUAGAUACAACCUUUCCCAGCAAGGCACCCUAGCUCAAUUAAGAAAAGAAUCAAUCCAAAGAAGACAAAAAGAGGUGGCCAAAAGAGACUUAGAUAAAGUUCUUGGUCAGGGAACAGUUAAAAAGUUUGUUGAAGAAAAUUCUCGUAUUCAAGAAAUAAAAACAAAAAACCCAAUUCAAAUUCAAGUUAUUGAAAGUUUAGAUGAUUUUAGUGUUGAAGGUUCUUCGGGUGGUAUUUUUGUUUUUUCCAUUUUUGGAAGUGAUGAUAAGGACAUAGAAAGUGAAAUUAAGAAUGUUUUUAAUAAACAUUUAAAAAAUAGAGGAUUAGUAUGGCAAAAUGAAACAGAUUUUAAUUUGUUAAAUCGAAGUUCAGAAACUAUUGAAGAAAAUGUUCGAGAACGUCUUUUUAACAACAUCCAAAAGUUCCUUAUUGAUCAAACUCGGAAACAACUUCGAGGUUUACCAACUAAUAGAUUAAACAAUACUGCCUCUGGUUCUAGAGAUAGUAAAGACCAAAGUGGUAAAAGUCAAGGACUUGAUUCCAAUGACCGAUCUAAAUUAGACCAAGUUUUACCAGGUUUAUUCACUAAUGGCAAACUUGAUGAAAACAAGUUGAAUGAAAUCGAAAAGAUUAAAGAACUUUUCCAAAAAACUGAAAUUAAUCCAGCCGACACUAAUGCUCUCCAACAA